AUGAGCAAGUUAUUUACAACCGUGAAUGCAAAGAGUAGGGAGGAAGUUAGCCAACAAGUACCGUUGCGAUUGAAAGGACGAGAGAUUAAAGAUGUGGAGGUGGGUGGUGUAAGCGGUGGUGAUGUCGGGUGA